CUUAGAUGCCAGCAGCAGAAGGGAAGACGAAGGCUGCAGGAGAGCCUCCACUUGUACAGAGGACAAGAGGGAGGCUGGGAGGAUCCUCCCCCAUCCACAGUGGGAGGCAGGGGAAUACGCGCACCUAUAGAUGCAAAGGGGAUAGGAGAACCUCAAAUCUACAGAGAGGGGGAGAGAACACUCCACAAGCAGAGAGAUUGAGGAAAGUUCUUUCCCAUGCACACAUUCAAAGCCCUUGAGCCUAUAGAGGACCUUCAGUUUCCCUCAACAGAUCCAGAAUCACAUUCAUCAGAGGAGAGCAGCAAAAGGUGAGGAGGAGAUCUUCAUAACUCUACCAAGAGGAGAUCUUCAUAACUCUACCAAGAGGAACCUUACACUUCAGACUGAGGAACAUAGAAGUGCCGGAAGCAAUCACCUGAGGAAGCUCUAUAGAAGUGGAGAUCCCAUAGCACCAACUUGCUUUGCCUGGUCCACUCCAGUAGUAUUAUUAGUCUAUGGGUUUGCUUGCUUCUCGGAUAUCUCUCCAGUGGAUUCAUGUUGCAGAAGACUUCUGCAGACCAGAAGGGCUGACCUCAAAAAAGGACCAAACUACGAUGAGGUUCAUACUAUAGAUGAGAUUGUGCUAUCCAAAAAGCCUGUAGGAUCCUCCCAGCAUCUCCCAGGCAUAAGAGAAGGAGACCCCAUUCGUUGGCUUGGAGCACCAAAAAGUGGUUGGUCGGUGGAAGCACCUCCCUGGUCAUCUUGAGAACAUUUAGAACUUCCCUUGCACCUGGAUGGCUCUGGUGUCCUGGAGGUACACCCAGAGCUGUCACUAUUGGAAGUGCUCUACCUCCACACCGUUCUGAUGGCUCCCCCAGUGUACUGCUAUACGGCGCUCUGAGCUGGGGGCACCUUGUCCAGACAUGAACCUGGGAUUCCUCCUCACCUCCAGGCACCUGCUCUGGAUCCUCCUAGCUCCUCCACUGAUGGUGUUUGCAGGCUGUAAUGAGUCUGCGUAUGCUGUUCUUCUCAAUGAGUACUGUCUGCAGCAGUUCAGUGCAGAGAUGGAAAGCUUAAGCAUGAGUCUGUGGUGCGACUGGGAGGCAACAGUAGGGAUCUAUGGUGAUGUCACUAAUUGUACGAUUCUGCUGGCUGAAGUUCAGGGCUGCUUCUGGCCAAACCACCUGGUGGAUCACUUCUUCACAAAUAUCCAUAUAAAGUAUUUCAAGAACUGUGCCCUCACCGGUCGCCUCCCAGCUGACCCGCCUUUCGCCAUACUCUAUUCCUUCAUCUUUUUUCCUGUCCUCAUAACACUUCUUAUGACGGCAUUGGUCGUGUGGAGGAGCAAGCGCAGUGAAGGAAUUGUUUGACGGCAAUUAAGUCUGCAAGUCUUCCGAACCCCUUCCUAGAGAUUACAUGCAGACUGAUGGAGGAGAAGUCAUUCAACAUCUCUAACUCUACACACUGUUUGGAGUGUUAGCCUUCAGAAUCAAACUCAUUAGUAAUAUGCCGUGUAGAAUUAUGAAAUAUGACUGCCUUUACAUACUAAUGGGAUGAUUAUUGCUGUGCUGGAACGCAUGGGAGACAAGUGCAUCAGCAUAUGACUAAAUGUCUUCAUAGACAUGGACGGUUGAAGCACAAAUAUUGGGGCUAGCUCCUAUGCUGGAACAUAACAUGGAGCGAAUGAUAUACAGAAUAUGAAUAGCACUGCAAGACUGGCAUUAGCCAAUCAGAAGUGACAUAAAGAAAGCUCUGUAAUAGCUGUCAAGAGUGAGCAGCAGUCGUGUAGCUUCUAUGUAUGGCAGUUACGUGUUAAAGAAAAUGGUCCUCACGGAUUUCUCUAGAUUAAAAGAUAGUUCUUACCUAAACUGAAAAGAGAGUUCUGAAUAGGCUGUACCAGAGGUCCUCAAAUGUGGUCCUCAAGGCACCCUAAUGGUCCAUGUUUUAACUACAUCCAUUGCUCAACACAGAUGGUUCAAUCAAUUUGACGGAGGAACUAAUUAAGUCACCUGGAUUGUUAGGGUGCCUUGAGGACCACAUUUGGUAACCUCUGGGCUAUACUGAGUGCAGACCAGUCCCAGAAGGUCCUUUAACUGGGAUCUAUGAUGCAGACUAUUAUAUGAAGCUCCUGACAUCUUGUGUGUGCCUGUAGCUGCCUUGCCUAUGUCUGCACGUUCUGAUCAGUUGUCUGUCCGAUAAACAAGACCAGAUUGUCAGGAAUGGAUGCUUCCUGCCAUCCCAGUUAUUUUUGCAGAUACAAUAGGCACCUGCAGGAGCAUACAGGCUCAGCUGGAGCAGUAUACAGUUAAUAGAUCUACAGUAAAAAAAUAGACUGUCAAUAGGUCAGCCCCAAAAUGUCGACAUGAAAAACGUCAACAAGGCCAAAAGGUCGACAGUGUCAAAAUAGACAGGUGAAAGGUAGACUGUUCUUGAUGUCCACAGGUUCAAAAGUCAACAUGACAAUUAUUGACACAUAGAUGGUCACUACGGUUUAUUUUAUUCUUAAUAAAAAAUAAAAAAUCAUCCUUUACCAUCUAUGUGGACUUCGAUUGGGAAUAGUAACUUAUGCCAAGCACAGCAGUAGUGGAGUGAGGCACGUUGCCUGAAGCAUAGCAAGCGAAGCAAGCCUGCAAGGGUACACGUUUCCACUAAGUUGGUUCAGAUAUGGUGAAACGUGCAGUAUGACACAAAAAAACUUGUGUGGACCAUUGUUUGUGUCUAGCAUUUUCGUGUUGAACUUUAGACCCUGUUGACUUUUUCUACUGUCUUUUCCAUGUUGACCAUCUGGGGUUGACCUAUUUACUAUUUUUUUUUACUGUAGAUCUAUUGAACCAUACCUUCUGGAGCAGCUGCAGGAUCACAUAAAUCACUUGGAGACAAUCUUAUAGCCUAAAUACCAGGACCCCAUGUAAGUAGAUUUGGGGACUUGGUAUUGCUUUCUAAAGUCAUGCCAAAACUAAAAACAGGCAUCUGUUGAUCAGAGUCCUUCCCAGUGUUUAGCAUUACUAUAUGUAGCAGAAGGUUUCUCUUUGGGUAGGUCACUAUUUCUCUGCUACAGUAUGUGGUCAUCUUCAUUAAUUGCCAAAUGUGACUUUUGAGAGCGUGGCGACAUCACGUAUUUCCAAUAAUGUGGUUGUCUUUUUUCAGGCAACAAAACGGAUGAGCUCGCAACCAGUAAAAACAAGACACUAUCUUUACAAUGGUGUAUCACUUUCAUUUAUGUGUAAUGAUAGUUUUAAGUGAUGCAAAGAAGUUAUCUAUUUUGUAUAGCUGAAAGUCGCAAAAAAAACCUCUAUUUUUAUUGUUUUCUUUCUUUCUUGGAAUAAAUGUAUUUAUAUAGUUUUA